AUGGCAGACCCAAGCGGCGCUCCACCCCAACCGGGUCCAGACGAUGUAUCUACCGCCAUUCUCAGACCUAAGAAAUCUCCGAAUCGCUUAUUAGUCGAUGAAGCAGCGAGUGAUGAUAACUCUGUCGCCACUCUUAAUCCAGCGACUAUGGAGACCCUUGGUCUCUUUCGUGGGGACACAGUCAUUGUUCGCGGGAAGAAGCGGAGGGAUACUGUCCUCAUCUGUCUCUCGGACGACGCAGUUGAGGAGGGACGUAUCCAAAUGAACAAGGUAGCUCGCAACAACUUGCGAGUCAAGUUAGGCGACCUCGUCAAUGUCCACUCUUGCCUCGACAUCAAAUACGGCAAACGCGUUCACAUCCUCCCCUUCGAUGACUCUAUCGAAGGCUUGAGCGGCAACAUUUUCGAGGUCUACCUCAAACCAUAUUUCCUCGAAGCUUACCGCCCCGUCCGAAAGGGCGAUACUUUCCUUGUCCGUGGAGGGAUGCGCACAGUCGAGUUCAAGGUUAUCGAGACGGACCCAGCUGAGUUUUGCAUUGUUGCCCAAGACACCGUUAUUCAUACGGAGGGUGACCCUGUCAAACGUGAAGACGAGGAGUCCAACCUUGCGGAUGUCGGUUACGAUGACAUUGGCGGUUGCCGCAAACAGAUGGCACAAAUACGGGAACUCGUUGAACUCCCUCUUCGCCACCCGCAACUCUUCAAAUCCAUCGGCAUCAAGCCUCCCCGCGGUAUCCUCAUGUUCGGUCCUCCCGGUACUGGCAAAACGCUUAUGGCCCGCGCUGUGGCAAACGAAACUGGUGCAUUUUUCUUCCUGAUUAACGGCCCCGAAAUCAUGAGCAAGAUGGCUGGAGAAAGCGAAAGCAAUCUCCGAAAGGCGUUUGAGGAGGCAGAGAAGAACUCGCCGGCUAUCAUCUUCAUCGACGAAAUCGACUCGAUUGCGCCUAAACGUGAAAAGACGAACGGAGAAGUGGAACGCCGUGUGGUUUCCCAACUUCUAACUCUUAUGGAUGGACUGAAAGCUCGUUCCAACGUUGUAGUCAUGGCCGCCACGAAUCGACCGAAUUCCAUUGACCCCGCCCUUCGUCGAUUCGGACGGUUCGAUCGCGAAGUAGACAUUGGAAUUCCCGACCCUACUGGUCGUCUCGAGAUUCUCCGCAUCCACACCAAGAACAUGAAGCUUGGGGACGAUGUAGACUUGGAACAGAUUGCUGCUGACACUCACGGCUACGUUGGAUCUGAUGUUGCAUCACUAUGCUCAGAGGCUGCGAUGCAACAAAUCCGUGAGAAGAUGGACCUCAUUGACCUCGACGAGGACACGAUUGAUGCUGAGGUCCUUGAUUCGCUGGGAGUGACGAUGGACAACUUCCGCUUCGCUUUGGGCAUUUCAAAUCCAUCUGCUUUGCGGGAAACUGUUGUCGAAGUCCCGACCGUCAAAUGGGACGACAUUGGUGGCCUCGAAAAAGUCAAGCUCGAGCUGCAGGAGACGGUUCAAUACCCCGUCGAACAUCCAGAGAAGUUCCUUAAGUAUGGCAUGUCUCCAUCCAAAGGUGUCUUGUUCUACGGCCCUCCCGGUACUGGUAAAACCAUGCUGGCCAAGGCCAUCGCCAACGAGUGCAAUGCCAACUUCAUCUCAAUCAAAGGACCUGAGCUGCUCACGAUGUGGUUCGGUGAAUCGGAAGCCAAUGUCCGGGAUGUUUUCGACAAGGCCCGCGCUGCUGCCCCGUGUGUUAUGUUCUUCGACGAGUUGGACUCUAUUGCCAAGGCUCGUGGUGGAUCCUCUGGUGAUGCUGGGGGUGCGGGAGAUCGGGUUUUGAAUCAAAUCCUCACGGAGAUGGACGGCAUGAACUCGAAGAAGAAUGUCUUCAUCAUCGGUGCCACCAACAGGCCCGACCAGAUCGACUCUGCCUUGCUACGUCCUGGUCGUCUUGACCAACUCAUUUACAUUCCUCUCCCUGACGAAAGGUCGCGCCUGGACAUCCUAAAGGCAGCCUUGAAGAAAUCACCCGUCGCGCCGCAAGUCGACUUGAACUUCUUGGCCAAGAGCACCCAUGGCUUCUCUGGUGCCGACUUGACAGAAAUUUGUCAGCGUGCAGCGAAGCUGGCGAUUCGUGCUAGUAUCGAAGCCGAUAUUCGUAAAGCGCGAGAAAAGCGGGAGGCUGAUGAGGCUGCUGGUGACGAUGCCAUGAAGGUCGAAGAUGACGUUGAAGAAGAGGACCCAGUUCCGGAGAUCACAGUGGAACACUUCGAGGAGGCCAUGAAGUUCGCCCGUCGGUCAGUGUCAGACCAGGAUAUUCGCCGCUACGAAAUGUUCGCCCAAAACCUUCAACAAACUCGUGGUUUCGGCAAUAAUUUCAAAUUUCCAGAAGGAGAGGGUGCUGCUGCUAACGCUGCCGCCCCAAGCUCUGGAAAUUCGGGCUUCACCGAGGAGACGGCGGAUGAUGAUCUGUAUGCCUAA